GCAGGUGAGCAUUAAAGGCAUAUAUACCCUGGACACAAGGUAUAUAUAUAUGCAUGAAAAUACAUGAAAAUAAAGCCUGAGUGGCUAAGCAAUGAGAUACCGUCAUAUCUGCUGUUAUUCAACAGGCUAAGUUUAGUUUCAGGAUACUCUAGUCAGUGGAGACUACAGGAGAGAAGUUGAGGAUCUUAAGAAGAUCUUAAAAACACAAUGGAUGCAAUUGAUGAAAUGGAUGAGGACCAGGUUAUUGACUAUGCUAUACAAAACAGCCUUCUGGAUUCAUAUAAACAAUUUCAGUUCCCCUCAAUAGAGAGCUUGGAAAUAACCAGUGGCGAAAAUCGGAGGAUUGUAACUGCUAUUGAGCAAGGUGACAUAUUCACCCUUCUGGAGUUGUCGGAGUCCACCUCAGCCUUCAGUGAGGUAGACAAUAGAGGAUGGCUACCUCUCCACAUGGCAGCAGCUCAACCCAUGGCGCAGGUGCUAAGAAUCGUGUUGGAUGCGUCGUACGAACUUACCCUGGAGGAGAAGACGAUUGAAGGAGAUACUGCAAUGACUUUGGCAGCUCAGGCGGGUUUGGUGGAGAACGUGAGUCUGCUUCUGGAGAAGGGGGCGUCUCCCAACAACACUAACGACAAGAACGAGUCUCCGCUGCUCCUGGCAGUGACAUUGGGGUCAUAUGACAUGGUGGUUAUGCUUAUCAUGAACGGAGCGCUGGUGGAGCAGAUCUGUCUGAAGAAGUGGACAGCCAUGCACGAGGCGGCCAAGGUGGGCUGCAGUGACAUAUUGAUGCUGUUGCUAAGGAAUGGGGGCCAGAUAACGCAGACGACUGGCCACGGAGUGACCCCUCUGGGGAUUGCUGCAGAAAACGGCCACGCAGAUGUGAUGGAGAUUAUUAUAAAAGAAGGGGGCGAUGUGAACGCACAGGCCUACAAUGGUGAAAGUGUGCUGUACGAUGCUGCUGGUUCUGGGAAUCCUGAUUGUAUCGAUCUGCUCCUACAAUAUGGAGCCAGUCCCAACGUGCCAAGUCAGUGUGGAAACCUACCUAUCCACCGUGCAGCGUAUCUGGGACACUACCUGGUCCUUGAGCAGCUGAUCCAGGUCACCUCUAAGCUAGCCAUUACAGACAGUGGCCAGAGCCCAAUUCACUCUGCGGCUGAGGGUGGCCAUGAACAGUGCCUUCGGCUUCUCAUCGAACAUGGGUUCAGCGUCAACGUCAUCCUGUCCAAUUACAUAUCGGAGGAUUACGGAGACAUGAGGAAGAGCCCUCUGUUCUUUUCCGUUUCUAACGGUGAUGUCACCUGCACAGAGAUACUCCUGAACGCAGGAGCAAAGCCUGACCUGGACCCGCUGCGCUGCCUCCUAGUGGCCGUCAGGGCCGGGCGCUAUGAGAUCGUGAAGCUGCUGCUGGCCAGGCAGGCGGAUGUGAACUGCUACUUCACGGUGGUCAGCGACACCGUGUUCCCCACUGCACUGCAGUACUGUCUGAGGGACGAGAUGAUGAUGAGACUGCUACUCAACAACGGCUACCAUGCAGAGAGGUGCUUCUGCUGUCACCAUGACAACUUCUUCAGUGAAUACUGCCCUGGGCAUAAUAUUCAGCUUUAUCAGACAUCCGAACAAAAGGAAAAAAUACCCUUCUGUGACUUCAUCAGCUUGUCCUACAUGAAGCACUUGUCAGGAAGUGUGGUGCGGAUCCUUCUGGACUAUGUCAGCCACGUGCCCAUCUGCUCCAAACUCAAACUCAUCCUGGAGAAGCAGAGAGAGUGGCCUGAGAUCUGUGAGAUACUGGGUAACCCACGACCACUGAAGCACCUGUGCAGGCUGGUGAUCCGGAAGCAGAUGACAUCAAAGAGACUGUGUGACCCUGUCGUCAUGGAGUCUGCCCCUUUCGCUCCUGGAGUGAAGCGCUACCUGCUGUACAACGAGUAUGAUCUGUAUGGGAGAGGCAUGGAGCAGAAUAAGUGAAAGCAUGCCUGUUACAUUGGCCAGGGUUUGUUAGAAACCCAUGCUGCACUCUAUUCAAAUCCUGAAUGCGUUACAUAUUUCAUUGUUGGAAAGAACCGCAUCAUACACCUGUCACAUGAAAAGCUACCUUAGUGUUUAAAAGUGUAGUUAUUUAAAAUAUUCGCCUGUGUUAACAAACAGUUUUUUGCAUUCCUGUAAAUCCACACCGCACAUUAAUGAAUAAAUGAUAUAAAGCAAUGCUAAACAUCUACUGUAUGCCAAGUGCUAAACAUCUAUGAGUGCAGCAGUAUAGACAGGAAACAUUUUGAAAUUAUAGCUCACCUUGGCUGCCUUUAACCUCCAUUACAUUUCAACUUAAAAUAGUUUCAUUUCCAUCCAUCAUAUUCCCAAUAUAGAACUCUCUGCCAGUUUCCAUUUUGGAUUUAAAGAAUGUAUUUUUUUAGCUGUAAUUUGAAGCGUAACAGAGUGGAGAAUGAAAAAGCUAUGUCCAGUACAAUACUGUUGUUACCUGUUACAUAAUAGUUUUGAUGAUGACUGCAUGCUUUGUCUAACACCCACUUGCUCUAGUCAAACUUGACAUGUUGAUGACCACAUUCCAUUCUUCCCUUCUUUCCCUCGAAUUUCCUGAUCCUGUGAACUAUUUUUAUGGACAAAUGUAUGGUCAUUUAGAGUGACAUAUAGGUAUGUGUGUGAAUAAAUAUGUACGUGCUUAUGAUUUUUGUAUGUAGGCUUGUGUGAGUAGUCGGAAAUAAAAUAUGACAUGAGACUGAA